AUGCCACCACCUGCGAAGCGACCUCGAGCCGACGCCUGGUCGACAGAGUACGACACCCUGAAAAGAGAAGCUCUUUUUCGAAACCCGCCCAAGAAGAGCGCAUACCCGCAAUUGCAGGCUGCAAUCAAGCCUCACGUCGAUUCUUUCAACGCCAUAUUCGCCGAAAAUGGCCAGCUGAUGCACGGGCUAAAAGACAUUGGCACGAAGACCUUCCUCGAUGGAAAUGGUCUGGAGGCAGACGUGAGGCGGAACAGGCUGCAGGUGCGAGUGAAGGAUGUGUUUCUAGAAAGAAGCCAGUUGCCGUCAUCAAAUAAGGUGGAAGCGACAAAACGAGAGAUUUUGCCAGUAGAGCGACGGGAAUCGCACAAAAGCUACCGCGGGAGAUUUCGAGGUCGCUUAGAGUACAGGGUCAACGAUGGAGCAUGGAAGCAGACAGUGCGCGACUUUGGCGAACUGCCGAUCAUGCUGCGCUCAAACAGGUGCCACUUGGAGGCUCUGUCGCCAAAAGAGCUGGUCAAUCGGAGAGAAGAGUCGGACGAGCUGGGAGGAUAUUUCAUCAUCAACGGCGUCGAAAAGCUCAUACGGAUGCUGAUCGUGAAUCGGAGGAACUUUCCUAUGGCCAUUGAGCGGCCUUCAUUCGUGAAUCGAGGCGCAGCAUACACGAAAUAUGGUGUCCAGAUCAGAUCCGUGCGACCAGACCAGACAUCGCAGACGAAUGUGCUGCAUUAUCUCAGCGAUGGCAACGUGACGUUCCGAUUCUCUUGGAGAAAGAAUGAAUAUCUUGUGCCAGUGCUCAUGAUACUCAAGGCACUCACGGAAACGAACGAUCGACAAAUUUUCGAAGGACUCGUCGGACCAGCAGGUGGAAAAGACCUUGAAAGCAAGCAAUUUGUUUCAGAUCGCGUGGAGCUCCUCCUUCGGACAUACAAGGCGUAUAAUAUACACAGUAAAGCGAAGACACGAGCAUACCUUGGAUCGAAAUUUCGAGUCGUGCUCGGAAUGCCGGACGAUGCGACAGAUGAGGCGUGCGGGACUGAGUUGCUGCGCAAGAUCGUCUUACCGCACCUGGGUUGCUACGAUGUGACUGAGGCGAACGAUGCUGAUAAGGCUAGAAUGCUCUUGUUCAUGAUCAGGAAGCUCUAUGCACUUGUUGAAGGCGAGUGCGCGGUUGACAACCCGGAUGCUGUACAGAACCAGGAAAUUCUCCUCCCCGGAGCGCUAUACGGCAUGAUUGUCAAAGAACGGAUUGAGGAAUGGCUCAACUCGAUCGGCGCUCAAUCGCGAGAAUACGGGCGCACAAAUAAUUGGCCUUCUUUUACCAGUGCUGAAUUUGAUCGCGACUUUGCACCGAAAGUCAUACGCAAAACGAAUGAGAACAUCGGGCAAGGACUGGAUUAUUUCAUGGCUACUGGCAACCUUGUGAGCCCUUCAGGACUUGAUUUGCAGCAGGUGUCUGGCUUCACGGUAGUCGCUGAAAAGAUUAAUUUCUACCGCUUUAUCAGCCACUUCCGAAUGGUGCACAGAGGAAGUUUCUUCGCCCAGCUCAAAACCACCACAGUCCGCAAACUGCUACCGGAAAGCUGGGGAUUUCUUUGUCCAGUCCACACUCCCGAUGGAUCUCCCUGUGGUCUUCUAAACCAUUUGGCACACAAAUGCAAAGUUGAAACCUCAAGCACAGACGUCUCCCAUGUGCCUGCCCUUGUUGCUCAGAUUGGUGUCUCGAGCACUUCCGAGCCAACACUCCAUGACAGCGUGGUGGUGCAGCUAGACGGCCGCGUACUUGGCUACUGUUCGCCGAAGCAAGCCAAGACGAUUGCAGAUACACUACGAUACUGGAAAGUCGAAGGUACGCACAAUGUGCCAAAAGAGCUCGAGGUUGGCUACGUACCACUCUCCAAUGGCGGUCAGUACCCGGGAGUAUACAUGUUCUCUCAAGCUGCACGAAUGCUCCGGCCUGUGAAGUAUCUGCCGCUUGAUAAAGAGGAUUUUGUCGGACCUUUUGAGCAGCCGUACAUGUCCAUCGCAUGCACAGAGCCAGAAAUAUCAUCUGGAGAUACGACGCAUGUCGAAUAUGAUGUAACAAACAUCCUCUCGAUUGUCGCAAACCAGACACCCUUCUCGAACUUCAACCAGUCGCCCAGAAAUAUGUAUCAAUGUCAGAUGGGCAAGCAGACCAUGGGUACGCCAGGAACGGCGCUGAAAUAUCGAACGGACAACAAAUCGUAUCGUCUGCAGACUGGCCAGACACCUGUCGUCCGAACACCAAAGCACAAUGAAUAUGGUCUCGACAACUUUCCAAACGGCACAAAUGCAGUCGUCGCUGUUAUAUCGUACACCGGAUACGACAUGGAUGACGCCAUGAUUCUGAACAAGUCUGCGCACGAGAGAGGUUUCGGCUACGGCACGAUCUACAAGGCGAAGAAGAUCGACCUCGCCGAGGAGAAUAAAGCGGCCCGAGGCCGAAGCACAGUCGUCACACACAUGUUUGGCUUUGCGCCUACUGGCAUCAUCAAAGCGCAAUGGCGAAACACACUUGAUGAUGACGGGUUUGCACAAGUUGGUGUCAAGGUGAAAGAGGGCGAUGCUAUUGCUGCUUUUUACACCGUUGUCAAGAAUCCGCUGACUGGAGAGUACGAGAACAAAGACGGUGUCACUCACAUUCAAAAGUACAAAGAAGCCGAGGAAGGCUACGUGGAAGAAAUUAAGCUGAUCGGCAACGAAACUGGCAGCAACGAGCCCUGCCAAGCCAUCAGUAUGCGCUUCCGGAUACCUCGACCGCCAGUCAUUGGUGACAAAUUCUCCUCAAGACACGGACAAAAAGGUGUCAUGUCGCAAAAGUGGCCAACAGUCGACAUGCCAUUUACAGAAAGCGGCAUGCAGCCGGAUGUCAUCAUCAAUCCUCACGCUUUCCCCUCGCGAAUGACCAUUGGCAUGUUUGUCGAGUCGUUAGCAGGGAAGUCUGGUGCACUACACGGCUUGGCGCAGGACUCAACUCCUUUCAAGUUCAAGGACAAGGAAGGUGAAACUGCGAUAGAGUACUUCGGUCACCAGCUCAAGCGCGCUGGCUACAAUUACUACGGUAACGAGCCAAUGUACUCCGGCAUUACGGGCGAGGAGCUCGCAGCCGACAUCUAUAUCGGUGUGGUCUACUAUCAGCGUCUCAGGCACAUGGUGAAUGACAAGUUCCAGGUCCGAACGACCGGUCCUGUCACACCCCUCACAGGACAACCGAUCAAAGGAAGAGCUAAAGGAGGCGGGAUCCGUGUUGGUGAGAUGGAGCGUGAUGCUCUCAUUGCCCACGGCACGUCCUUCCUGCUGCAAGACCGUCUCAUGAACUGCUCGGAUUACACAAAAGCCAGUAUUUGCAAGGCGUGUGGAAGCUUCCUGUCAGUGCAGCCGAGUUCAGGACAGUACACCAGACGGCGAGAAGGCGGGCGUGUCAGAUGUAGGAGAUGCUCGAGAAGAGCUCUUUCCUCAGAUUCCAAGAGCGAGUGUUGGGAAGACCAUAAAGGCGAUAAGUGGUUUGGUGGUGAUGAUGUCACGGUCGUUGCUGUGCCGGGUGUGUUGAAAUAUCUUGACGUGGAACUGGCGGCCAUGGGUAUUCGCAUGAAGUUCGACGUUGGCCCUUGAAGAGCUCGACAACACUUCGGAGUUUGAGGCAGCGGAUGGUACAGUAUUUCGAGCCGUGCACGAACUGUGAAGCGCAUUAUUAUUGCUGAUCGCAAGCGUCGCGUCCGUGUGUGCUUGGAAUAAGCUUAAAGAAUCCGUCGUCCGUGGUCGUCCGUCUACAAGGACCAGGGGCAAUGCGAGGCUGAUUUAGGCUGGCGAACCUACAGAUCCAAAACAAAGCACCAGCCAUACAUCAUCAAACCCAAUUGUACUGCUA